GCUGAUGGUCUUUUAGAAGCAUUUACGACCGUGUGCACACGCUCGCUGUGUGUGCGUGUCCUUUGCCUUGCCUGAACGCUUCAUGUUCCUCUUCUUCCAUGGCCAACAUGUCCGCCACAAUGGACAAGGCCAGCCGUGUUCUGGCGCAGGCCGUUCCUCCUGGCCUGUAUAAAUCAUACCGUGCUCGCGCAGCUCGUGGCAAAGUUCCUCACACGACUAUACACUACCGUGCGCGCGGCCGCCCUUCCAUUGAAGAAAAGGCUCAAAGCCAACAGUACCUCACUCUGUACAAGGAGGACGCCCUCGUUUCUUUCCUUGUAUAGAUGUCUGGUCUCGGACAGCCUGUGCGAAUCAAGUUUAUACGUUUUCUAGCCUUCUGCGUCACUCGCCAGCGACCCGAGAUAGACCGACCGCUGAAGCCGCCCGGUGAAAACUGGGCUCAUACUACGAUUGU